CGUGUUUCCAUUGGCUGUCGGCACCAUCUAGAACUCAGUGGAAACGCGGGCAGCCGGGAUUACUUUCUUCGCGAGGGACGGCUAAUCGGCGAGCAAGGAGGGGAAUGAAUGGCUGUGAGGUAGAAGGUUUAGGGAGCUGGUUUAAAAUCUAAGAAUGGUCGUUCGGACAAAUGCAACGCUUGAGAGAUGCAGAUAGUUCGAUGUUUAAAUCAGAGUGCAUUUAUCCGUCAGGAGGCGGCUGGACGGAAGGAACGGCUGAUUCCCAAAGUAUGCUGUAUUUUUUUGCAAAGCUCAUAUUGUUGAUCUUUUGCGGGGUCCUUCUUGGAGAAAGUAGGAAGCACAGAAAGGGGAGAUGGACGGCAGAAGCGCGGGUGCAAAAAAUAAGUUACUCAUAUAAAAAGAACUAUGACAUGACCAAAACUUGGCCGGGGAGCAGCAAAAAGCUUCUAAGGGUAGAGGACCAUGAUUUCUCCAUGAGGCCUGCCUUUGGAGGCCCGGCUAUUCCUGUUGGAGUGGAUGUUCAGGUUGAAAAUUUGGACAGUAUUUCAGAAGUCAAUAUGGACUUUACAAUGACAUUGUAUUUGAGACAUUAUUGGAAGGACGAGCGUCUCUCCUUUCCCAGUCGUACGAACAGGAGCAUGACUUUUGAUGGACGGUUGGUAAAGAAGAUCUGGGUGCCAGACAUUUUCUUUGUCCACUCUAAAAGAUCAUUCAUUCACGAUACCACCACUGACAAUAUCAUGUUGCGAGUAUUCCCAGAUGGCCAUGUACUCUAUAGCACGAGGAUCACAGUGACAGCAAUGUGCAAUAUGGACUUCAGCCGUUUUCCCCUAGAUUCACAGACAUGUUCGUUGGAGCUUGAAAGCUAUGCGUAUACAGAUGAAGAAUUGAUGUUAUACUGGAAAAAUGGGACGGAAUCUCUAAAAACAGAUGAAAAGAUUUCCUUAUCUCAAUUCUUGAUUCAAAAAUUUCAUACAACCUCCAGACUUGCUUUUUAUAGUAGUACUGGUCGGUACAAUCGCCUUUACAUUAACUUUAUUCUACAUCGCCAUAUUUUCUUCUUUCUGCUCCAAACCUAUUUUCCUGCCACGUUGAUGGUCAUGUUAUCCUGGGUUUCCUUCUGGAUAGACCAUAGAGCUGUGCCUGCAAGAGUGUCCUUAGGAAUCACAAUAGUCCUGACCAUGUCUACCAUCAUCACUGGUGUCAAUGCCUCCAUGCCUGGCGUUUCCUAUAUCAAGGCUGUGGACAUUUACCUCUGGGUCAGUUUUGUGUUUGUCUUCCUCUCGGUCAUUGAAUAUGCAGCCGUGAACUACCUGGCAACAGUACAAGAGCGGAAGGAGCAAGAAAAGUUUCCAUGCAUGGGUGGAAUUUGUUCUACCAAAGGAAUGAUAAUAGAUGGCAUAUACAGUGAACUGGAUGCAGGUAGCCCAGAAGGAGACUCCAAAAAUCAAAUGGUAGCUGAGGUAACUGAGCAGGACAAACAAGAGAAGAUGGUGAUCCAUUUGACUAUGAAUAAUGAGUCUAACUCAUCAAAGAAGAAAGGGCUCAAAGAACAUGUUAGCCUACGCAUUAUCCAGAACACUCAUGCAAUUGACAAAUAUUCAAGGUUAAUAUUCCCAGGCACCUAUAUAUUUUUUAACAUAGUAUACUGGUCUGUCUUCUGCUGAACGUGCUAUAGCUGUGUUUAACUCGGGAGAUAUUUAGAAGAUUCCAGUAAUAAAAUUUUGGAUUCCAAGCAAGAAAAUUCAUUCUGCAUCAGCUUUGGCACAUGGAAACACUGGAUAGUUUUCUAAGAAACAUUUCAUACAAUGGUGUUGGAGAUGACUGUCUCAAGCUGGAUACUUUCUGCUUUCUGUCCUUAACGUAUGACAAGUUGGCUUUUCAUAUGUGAAAACAUGCAGCUGUUCAACUUUAGUCUCAGCCAUUGCAGUGUCAUCAUAGUAGGCAUAAAGACUAUACUAUAAAAGUGGCCAGGAAUCUGCUCUGUGAUCUUUAUUGAGACAGUUGGAGAAAGAUUAAUUUGUUCCAUUUUAUCAGCCAGCACAGUGAUGUGGACCAUCUUUAUCAUAAGGGAUUAUUGGCACCCCAUAUGAAAUUUAUUUUGUAAGAAGCAGGCGCUGUGAAUUAGUCCCAAGCUAGACUAACAGGUUAAGAUGGCAUCAGGGAAUGCAUGCAAGGAUCCUAGAAAGGAUCAUGCUGUUAACAAUUUUUCUCAAUUGGGGAGGAAAUGAAAAUGUUUCACUAAACUGAGCAGUUGAUAAGUAAAAAGAAAUUCUAAGAAAAUAUCUGCUUAAGUAUUGAAUACACUUCUAACGCCCUCAGAAGCAAAUUCUUUGCACUAUCAUAGCUAUGUCUCUUCACUUGGGGCUAUACAGUUCUGUUGCAUUUACUGGUCCAUACAGAUAUUCUGAAUCAAAUACAGGUAGUCCUCAUUUAGCAAGUGUUUUAUUUAACAACCAUUCGCAGUUACCAGAGAUGAAAAAGUAAGUUUGCAAUCAAUCCUCACAUUUAUGACCUUCACAGGUCUGUAAAGCAAAGGAAAGUUGAAGUAAUAUCGUAAGGACAGUGGCAGUUUCACUUAGCGAUCAUAUUGUUCAACAACCAUGUUUCCAGUCCCAAUUGUGGUUGCAAAAUGAGGGCUACCUGUUACAUUGAAAGCCUCGGGUGCUCUGUAACUUCUUUCAGUGAUAUUGAAGGAACCAUUAGGCUCAAGUAUCUGGAAGCAGCACAGAGCUAACCCAAGACAUUUGGCUGCUGAAAUGAAGCAGAAGUUGGAGUUUCCGUCUCUUCCCCAUACGGAAAUGGAUGGGACUGGUGGUUUUAUCAUACCCCAAAGCCUCCUCUUUAUCUUAGGCCAAUGAUAUCUGUGACCUCCCAGAGCAAGUUUUUAUUCUUGCUCUUCACAAAUUCAUCUGUAUAAAGAAGCAUAAUUACUUGCUCUUUAUAACUCUGUUGUCUCCUUUGCAUGUAGAAUAUAUAUUGUUUUAUAAAUCUUUUCAGCAGUUAGUAGACAAAAUGCUAGUAUCAUUUUUGAGGGCAGGAUUAUUAGGUAUUAUAAAUAAUUUCAGUAACAAAACUACAUUUUGAGGCUGCAACACUCAAGUUUUACUUAUUUGGAUCAAUGAACAAUAGAACAAUAAAUCUGAAGAUCAGUCUGAUUUUUUAAAUAACAAAGAAUUGAGAGAGAACAUUCCAGCCUGAAUUUACAGGGUGUCCCAUCCUUAGACUCGUCAUAGUUUUUUUUUCUGUUCUACUGGUGGCAGGCAGACAGGAAAGAAGUGAGAUUAAGGAGCCAUUAGUGUCUCUCUGCUGUUUCCCAUCAGUCUUAGUUUUCUUGUCCUUUCCGUCCAUUAUGAGCAGCAGGAGGGAACAUAUUCAGACUAAGACACUGUUUGUUUUCAAUUCCUUCUCCAAAUUGGGGCAAGGGUGCAGGGAACUGUGGUGGCAAAACUUCUCCAAGCUUGAUAUGACUCCUUUUGGGCCUUCCUGAUACCAGGAACAGUGACAGGAGAGGCAAAUCCGAUUUUCUUUACUAUAAAAUGAGAAACAUUCCUCCGACCUUAGAAGCUGAAGUCCACUUGCAAUUUAUACCUCUGGUUCAGGGAUCCUUAUUAGAAUAUUUUGCAACUAUUGUCUAAUUUAUGCACAUAGCUUUGUUCUGUUCAAUGUAUGUACCACAGAAGUGGAGCAAAUGCAAAUGGCAAAGAUAAAAAGGCACAGAAUAAGAAAUGCCCAACAAUAAAUUUGCAAUGUAUGGAGAGUCUAA